AUGGCCACGGCAACUUCUUCCUUCUUGACCCCAGGGCCUGUUGCCCAGGAAAAUCACCUUGCAUCACUACACCUGCGACGUGAUGCUGCCUUGCCAGUUAUUCUCUCCACGAAAGCUGCAGCAGCCGAGGAUGAGGGAUAUGCCGAAGGCAUGGUCACCAACACUCGUUUCGGAUCAUUCCCUCACUCUACCAUCAUUGGCUCACCUUGGGGAUCUCAAAUCCGGGCCAGCAAAGUUGAUACAGGAUCUCGGGGACGGUCUAACGGCAAGAAGCGAAAAGCGAACGACAUCAAUAGCGACACGCCGGACUCCAGUGAGCCUGUGGCGAAGCAGGCCGAAAUGGCCGAGUCUGGGUUUUUGCACGUGCUACCACCUACGCCAGAGUCAUGGACCUACUCACUUCCGCAUCGGACACAAGUUGUGUAUACACCAGACUACAGUUACAUUCUUCAUCGAAUACGCGCAAGGCCAGGCACACGUCUGAUCGAGGCCGGGAGUGGGAGCGGCAGCUUCACUCACGCAGCUGCGCGUGCUGUCUUCAACGGCUACCCCGAUAUGACACCCCGUAGUGACGAUCACUUCGGGCGGGUCUUCAGCUACGAAUUCCACAAAGAGCGGCAUCAGAAGGUCGCCGCCGAGAUGGAAUCCCACAAUCUCUCCGCCAUUGUCACGUGUACACAUGCAGAUGCCUACAAAGAUGGUUUCCUGCUUCCAUCAGCCCCUGAACAACCUCCCAAGUCGCCGAUGGCGAAUGCUAUCUUCCUCGACCUGCCAGCGCCCUGGUCGGCAAUCCCACAUCUCACCCGCGAGUCUACCGACGGCAGACCUUCCGCUCUAGACCCUGAGUCGCCAGUCCAUAUCUGUACCUUCUCCCCCUGUAUCGAGCAAGCUCAAAAGACCGUCUCCCAUCUCCGCAAGCACUCCUGGCUCGACAUCCAAAUGGUAGAAGUCUCUCACAAGCGCCUCAACAUCCUGCGCAGCUACACAUCCCUCGACUACUCCGGCAUGCGAGGCGUCAACCCCUUCCCCGACAACGUCGACGAAGCACUCAAGCACCUGAAAUCCGUCGAUCAGCGCGCCCGAGACUUUCAUUCGGGGUCCACAAACCUGCCGCCGAGUGUCAAGGCCAAGCGCAUCGAGAACGCCCAGACGGAGGCGCACAAGACCAUGUACAAGGAGGGCUUGGUCGUGCAUCGGACUGAGCCUGACCUGAAGACGCACACCUCGUACCUUGUCUUCGCUGUGCUGCCGAGGUCGUGGACGCAUGACGAUGAACAAAGCGCGGCGGCACGGUGGGGUGGCAGGGUCAAGGUCGAAGCAGAUGUGCCGAAAAGUCAGCGUCAACUGAAGAAGGAAGCAAAGGGGAGGAAGAAGUUGAGAGACAAUGAGAGGCGGCAGCGGGAUGAGGAGCCUGAGCAGAUUGAUGUGGAUCAUCCCGGGGAUGAGCCUGUCGCUGUGGACGUCUCAACUUGA